AUAGUCCAUGGUGGACCUGCCCCAAAUUUUCUCUCCCAGGAUCUGGUCAACUACAUCUCAGGGCAGCCAACUUUCAAAGGUUCGGUAGGAGACAUUACAGAUGAAGAAAUAGGGAAAGUUUUAAAAGAGAUGUCAUGUUUUAGAUCCAGAAUGCAUCCUCACUGGAGACCCUACAAGACCUAAUUGUAGGGAACAGCACCAUGUUGCAGACUGCAGGCUGCUUCAGACACAUUAAGUCUGUGAAGGAAAAGGACUCUGUUGUGACGGAGUACCUUAAGUGGUACAUAAUUGACAGGAAUCACAGUGCAAUUGAAAGAUUCAAGGAUGGGCUUGACAGUCUGCAGUUUUUAUCAGCCCUCCAGCAGUAUCCCACUGUCCUGACCCCAGUCCUCUGUCAUUCGGAUACAAAGUUAUCUGCUGCAGAUAUUGAAAGUCUUUUCAAACCAGAACUUAGUCUGAAAGGAAGUAACAUGAGGGCUCAGCAGAACAAGACAAUAAGUUUCUGGGCAGACUACCUGCUAGAUUGUGAAGCAAAUGAGAGUGCCAUAACCUUGGAAGAGAUCUUCAUGUUUGCCACAGGCCUACCACGCAUGCCUCCUUCUGGGAUGGACCCUCAGCCAUGCCUGCAAUUCAUUUCAAAUUCAAAAUACCCCAUGGCCAACACAUGUGCAAACACUUUAAAACUGCCCAUCUUAGACAGCUACAACACCUUUAAGGAAAAUAUGAAUUUUGGAAUUAAGAAUUCUCCAGGCUUCGGCUGUGUUUGAUCGGCCAACAUUUUGCCAAUACAGUGCCAACACAGUGACAGAGUGUUCUGUAGAAAUGCAUUAGUUUCUAUUUAGUUUCAAUUGUUUCUAUUUGGGCCAAACCUAAAUGAUAAAAUUAGAUUUUAUGAAUGCUGAAUGUUUACACUAAAAAUAAAUGUAAAACUCAAAUAGGUGUUAUGCAUUAUCUUAAAAAAUACAUUUAUUCUCUUAA